AUGCCGUCGCGCGGCGCGGACACUGCGACGAUGAUCGAUCAGAUCGGUGCCGACCUGUCGCUGUCGCCGUCGGGCUCGAGUCCUUCCACGAACCCCAUGCAGGGUUUCGGUGGGCGCGACAGUCCCGCCACGCGCGUCGCAUCUCGCACGUCCCACCCCGCGCGCGCGAUGCUCGGCGCCGGCGCGUUCCUCGCCCCCGGGGCCUCGCCCCUCGCGCGUCCCUCCGACGCCGGCCGCGGCGGCGCGCGUCGCGCCGCCGCGAUGCGCGUCGUCGCGAAGGGCCAGAGAGGCGUCCGGAGGGUUCGACAGGCCAACUUCGCGGAGGAGUUCGCCCCCGGGUCCGUCCUCGGAAAGAUGAUGAACCUUCGCCUCAACAAGAUCAACUGGGAGGUGAUGAGCGACGCCGCGGACAAGCUCGACGGCGAGCUCUCGUCGCAGGCCAUCUUGGGCUUGGUGCGCGCGGAGGUCGCGAUGCGCGGGAUCGACGCCCUCAAGGAAGAAAACCGCGGGUACAAGGAGUACAUCCUCCUUCGCUCGCUGGGACUGAAAGCGUGGUUCACGAUGGCGACGUCGCGCGCGGGGAUUCACGACCCGCGGACGCGAUGCGCGGUCGGCAAGGCGCUGUCGUCCCCGGACGGGGAGUACAACAUCUAUCGACGCAUCUUCGCGCACGCGCCGCUCGCCGCGGCGGGCGAUUGGGACGGCUUCGCCGACGGCCUCGCGAGCGACGCGAAAGCCGUCGCGGAGGCGCUCACCGCGUCCGACCUGAACACGACGAAGGUGCGAUACGACGCGAGCGUGACGGAGACGCACUUCGCGUGGAUGGGGGACGAGGUGAAGCGCGUGGAGGAGGCGAUGCGGCGCGCGGAGGUUGGGGACGCGCCCGUCGUCGUCGCCGCGCGCGCGCCGUGGGUCGACCCCGGGGCGUCGCCCGUCGGCGCCGCGGGGGGUGCCGACUCGAGCGCGGGGGGUGCCGACUCGAGCGCGGGGGGUGCCGACGCGGCCGCCGCCGCCGACGCCGAGGAGGACUCCGUCGAGUCCAUGUUCGGAAAGAAGAAGAAGAAGAAGAAGAAGGGCGGGCUCGGCGCGGCGGUUUCCGCGGUUUCCGCGGUUUCCGCGGCGGCGUCCGCCGCGGGGUCGACCGGCGCGCCCGCCUCCCUGGACCAGAUCCUCGGCGGCCUCGUGAAGAAACAGCAGGAGCCGACGUUCCCAGAGCUCGAGGCCUGGUGCGUCGGCAGCUCCCAGGCGACCGCGUCCGAGGCGGCGGCGUGCGCGGCGUCCAUCGCGCUCGCCGCGCCUGAGAACGCCACCGUCGUCGCGCCGUCGUCGCUCGUCGCGUCGUGCCUCGCGUUCGACACGAAAUCCCUGGGACGUAACCGCCGCGUCGUGUCCGUUACCGAGGCUGCGAGCGACGCGUUGACGUUCGAGGACGGCGAGGACGGCGUGUGCGUGUGCAUCGUGUUCGAUCCCCCGGCCGUCGGCGGUUUUGGCGGAGAGGACGCCGCGUUGGCGCGGACGGUGGCGAAGGCGAAGGCGGCUGGUGCGCCGUGCGUCCUGGCCGCGGUGACGCUCGUGGGCGGCGGCGCGUGCGAGCGCGGGGGCGGGACCGCGGGCGCGGACGCCGCGGGGGAAGCCGCGGAGGCGCGGGUGAUGACGCGCGCGGGGUUGUAG